AUGGUAUACAAAAGUGGAUGUUGGUCCACAAUUUUUACAACGGGCUAUGUUGUACAACGAGAACAAUUAUUGAUGCUGCAGAGUGCCAAUGAAGCUUAUGAAUUGCUAGAGGACAUGGCCACAAACAAUCAUCACUGGUCUGAUGAGAGGUCAUUUGGGGUUAGAAAGGUAGCUGGGGUACAUGAACUUGACACAAUCACUGCUCUUACAGCACAAGUAGCCUCAUUGACAAAACAAUUGCAGCAAAAUACUGUGUCUGAUAAUGCAAUUAAGAUGGCGGCUAGGUGUGAAAUUUGUGGUGUGGUUCAGAAUGAAGAUUUGGAUGAGAAGUCUAAUAUAGUUGAGCAAGGGGUUACUGAAGAUCACAAGAGCACAGAGAAAAUUCCUCUAGUUGUUGUUGACCAGCCAGCCCGAGUUCCAUAUCCUCAGAGGCUUAGAAAAACUACUCUUGAUAAACAAUUUUCUAAGUUUUUAGAGGUGUUCAAAAAGCUUCACAUCAAUAUUCCUUUUCCUGAGGCUUUGGAGCAGAUGCCCAGUUAUGUAAAGUUCAUGAAAGAGAUUCUGUCUAAGAAAAGAAAGAUGGAAGACUAUGAAAUUGUGGCGCUCACUGAAGAAUGUAGUGAAAUAUUGCAAAGGAAGCUGCCCCAAAAUUUGAGAGAUCCAGGGAGCUUUACUAUACCUUGCACAAUUGGAAAAUUUGAGUGUAAGCAUACCUUGUAUGAUUUGGGGGCGAGUAUUAAUUUAAUGCCCUUAUCUGUGUUAAGAAGACUUAGUUUGGGUGAAGCAAGACCAACAACAGUUACUCUACAGUUGGCAGAUCGAUCGGUGAAGCAUCCAUGUGGUAUCAUUGAAGAUGUUCUUGUGAAGGUGGAUAAGUUUAUUUUUCCUGCUGAUUUUAUUGUUCUUAAUAUGGAGGAGGAUGCACACGUGCCUAUAAUUCUUGGAAGACCAUUCCUAGCCACAUGCCAAGCUCUCAUUGAUGUUCAGAAGGGUGAAUUGAAGCUUCGACUUCAAGGAGAUGAGGUGUUAUUCAACGUCUUCAAGGCAAUGACAUAUCCGAGGGCUAGUGACAAAUGCUAUAGUGUGGACGUGAUAGAUAAAGCAGUCUCGAAAAGAAGGGUAGUCGUGAUGCCUUAG